GCCCCUUCGUGACAAGCGUUCUGGCCCUCGCUUUAAUAAGAGCCACGCAGCGGAGAAAGGAUUGGGCAUUAUUUUUGGAACAGCGCGGGUAGCCGAUAGCCUUGUUAGGUCUGAGUUAGGACGUUUCCAACAUCCCUGGUCUGGGAGCGGAGAGAGCGACAGGGGGAGAGGAGCCAGGGAGAGAGGGCAGAGGGGCUUUUCUCAGCUUCUCCUUCAAAAAGAUAAUAAUAAUGCCCGCCAAAUCGACCGAGAGAUUAAAAACGGAUCUCUGGAAAACCAUGUAGCCGAGGUGGGGGGGAAAAAGUUGUUUUUACCUUUCGCAACAGAGAUCGUCUCAAAACAAGAGUGGAAGCCUGCAUCUUUCUUCAAGAGGCAUGUUGUGUUCUCGACUGGCGAGCGACAACCGAGAUGUGCUGAAGUUUUGCAGAACUUUGCAGCUCAAGAGCUAGCAAUUAUAAAAGUGGAGAAGAAGAACAAAACGCGUUCAAAACGGGCAGGUUUGGAAUAAGUCAAGCUAAUCUGUACGCGAUGGUCUCCGAAUACUUUGCUUUAGCUAAAAACAUCUGAUAUUGUGCAUCGCAAAUGACUAAAGGUGUUUCAAUAGUGCUGCAAGCGGAUUCUAUAUACUGUGUCUUUUAAUCACGCCGCAUGUAAGCUUGCACAUAAAUGAAUAACUGAUUUAAAUCACCGCAGUCAAACGUUUGGAAAGCAUGAGCGGGGGUCGCUUUGAGUUCGACGACGGCGGAGCCUACUGCGGCGGCUGGGAAGGAGGCAAAGCUCACGGUCACGGUAUCUGCACGGGUCCCAAAGGACAAGGGGAGUUCUCCGGCUCCUGGAACUACGGCUUCGAGGUGGUGGGCGUCUACACCUGGCCCAGUGGAAACACGUACGAGGGGUACUGGUCCCAGGGAAAGCGUCACGGCUUGGGCGUCGAAACCAAAGGGCGCUGGGUUUACAAAGGAGAGUGGACUCAUGGUUUCAAAGGGCGGUACGGAACACGCCUGAGCCAGGGCAGCGGCGCAAAGUACGAGGGGACCUGGAAUAACGGCCUGCAAGACGGAUACGGGACGGAGACCUAUGCUGAUGGAGGCACUUACCAAGGACAGUUCACGGGCGGCAUGCGCCACGGUUACGGGGUGCGCCAGAGCGUCCCCUACGGGAUGGCGGCGGUGGUGCGCUCUCCCCUGCGCACCUCCCUCACCUCCCUGCGCAGCGAGCACAGCAACGGCACCCUGCUGCAGCAGGACGUCCCGCUCAUCACCGCCACCAACGCGGCCGGCCAGGAGACGCCCCUGAGCCCGCCCUCGGCCAACCCCACCCGCGGCGGCUUCGCCCUGACGCUCCACGUGGACCCCGAGGCCCCCAAGCCCAAGAAGAAGGGCCUGUUCCGCCGGGGCUCCCUGCUGGGCAAGCUGAAGAAGUCGGAGUCGCGCGCCUCCCUGUCCAGCCAGAAGAGCAAGGUGAGCUUCCUCAAGAGCGAGUCGGGCCUGAGCUCGGCGGCCAGCGACGCCAACUCCACCCUCAGCCUGGGGGAGGAGACGGAGGGGGGCGAGGACUUCCCGCCGGUGGAGUCCGACAUCGACGCCACCACCACCGAGACGUACAUGGGCGAGUGGAAGAACGACAAGCGCUCGGGCUACGGCGUGAGCGAGCGCUCCAGCGGCCUGAAGUACGAGGGCGAGUGGCUGGACAACCAGCGGCACGGCUACGGCUGCACCACCUUCCCCGAGGGCCGGAAGGAGGAGGGCAAGUACAGGAACAACAUGCUGGUGAAGGGCAUGAAGAAGCGGGUGAUCCCCCUCAAGAGCAGCAAGAUCCGGCAGAAGGUGGACCGCAGCGUGGAGGGCGCGCAGAGGGCGGCCGCUAUCGCCAAGCAGAAGGCAGAGAUCGCCGCCUCCAGGACGGCGCACGCCAAAGCCAAGUCCGAAGCAGCAGACCAGGCCUCUCAGGCAGCGAACAACGAGUCCAGCAUCGCCAGGGUGGUCGCCAGGGAGCUGUCGCCUUCCUUUUACCAGCCAGGCCCAGAGUACUUGAAGAGACGAAUGCUGCAGGAGAUCACCGAGAGCAACGAGAAUGCAGACAACGCCGAGCAGGAAGUGCCGUCUACAGAGGAGCCGCCCCCCACUCCCCCCGAGAGCCCCCAGCUGCACGAGAAAGACAGCGUGGGGCGAGAAUCGUCUCCUGCCCGCACCCCCUCGUCCAGCCCGGCCGGGACCCCCCCGGAGGGCCGCCGAUCCAAGCAGGGCGUGCGCCGGGAGGACCCCAACCGCCUCAGCCCGGGCAGCUGGAACGGCGACCAGGGCAGCAGAGGCGGAAGCCGGGGCAGCAGUCGCCCAGGCAGCCGGCCAAACACCCCGUCCAACGCGCUCGUCUCACUGGGGGACGAGAGGACGGCCCCCGGCAGCCGUCCUCACUCCCGCCCCUCCAGCCGGCAGAGCAACAGGGGCGACCCGAACAGCGGCUACGAGCUGGAGAUCAAGCCCCUGCAGAAGAUCGAGGCGCCCGAGCCGAGCCCCGCCGACGUCCACCGGAGCUUUCACAGCUACCCCGUGAGGACCACCAUCAUCUAUCCCCAGGAGGAUGAAGUAGCUGUCCACGUCUCCAAAGUGCCUUCCAAACCUGCCGCCCCUGAGCCCGCGGCAGAGGUCAAGCCCAGAGAGACCCAGCCGGAGCCCCCUCCCCAGCGGCUGCCCACGCCGGGCCCCCACAAGGAACCCGAGCCCAGGGCGGUGGUGAAGGAAGAGCGGAAGGCGGCACCUCCCAAGCCAGCUUUGAAAGCCGAACCCUCUCUCCCGGCCAAACCAGAACCGAAACCCCCCGCCAAGCCGGAGCUCAGAGCCUCAGUGGUGAAGCAGGAGGCUAAGCAAGUGACUAAAGUGGAGCCUAAGGCUGUGGCCAGGCCUGCUGCCAAGGCAGCCUCCAAGACAGAGUCUAGAUCUGAGGCCAGACCAAAGGCAGGCACCAAGUCCCGUGCUGAGGUGAAGGACACGUCUGCAGAUGAAGAGGGACCGAACACAAUCAUGAUCUGCAUGGUAAUCCUGCUGAACAUUGGCCUGGCCAUCAUCUUUGUCCACAUUCUAUCAUGAGAGACUGAGAUUCAGGGGGAUGAAUGACAGUACUCGCAGCAGUACUCGGAAAAGAUGGCUUCCUUCCGGUCUCUGUCCCAGACGAGAAACACCACCUGUGGAUGCCAGCAGCCAUGUUGCCACAGGACAGGACUACAAGCUCGCAUUUUGUUUAUGCAUGUGUGGAGUUCACAAAAUACAAAGUAUGCCCUGAGCUCCUUUGUUCAAACAACAAAUGGAGAGGAAAAAAGCCAGGAGGUGAAUCUGGACAACUGCUGUGGUUAUUACAUAUGAAGGACUGCCUUACCAAUCAUUGUAACCAAAGAUUUUGAGCCACAUUCAGCCAAUGUGACCAGAUGGAUUUAAUGCAUGAGUAGCUACAAUUGUACUAGAAAGCCUUCCUUUUGCUUCACUGAAUCAAAAAACACAAUUAGAAGUCCUGCAACAGAAUUUAUUUUUAAAGAUUGUAAGAGUAACCUUUGCUCAGAAAACACUGGCUUUACUGAAGGUGAAAGCAUUACUCCAUGAAGCAAAAAAAAAUCCCAAUGUACAUCUAAAACUAACAGUUUAACUAAAAUACAUCCAAAACCUUUAAGGAUUUUGUUAUCAAUACAGUAUAGAUAUUUAAAUGUUUUAACAAAAAAGUUCAAACUUCAAAAUGGGAAAGAGUUUUUUUUUAUAUUUAGUCCUUCUGCAUUGAGAGUGGAAUCUGAGACAAGCGUCGUCAGGGGUUUUGUCACUUCGGAGGCUGUGAAGAAGUUUGAUUGGUUUGAAUUCUACAGAGUUCUUGGCAGAGAAGGUUGAAAGUCAGGUGUUCUUUCAGUAGAGAUGGCGCGGAAUGGAGACAGAAAAGGAUUAUUUAGUAAAUGAUGUACAGAAGGAAAGAUGGUAAGAAUUAAUUUCUUCCCAACAGAAUGAUAAUUCAGAGGGUUAGGAUAAGUCAUAACUCCCAUUCAUUUUCCCCACUAAGAUUGCUUUUCAAUAUUUAGACAAGUUCCUUGGGUUAAAACCAAUGUGAUACAAGCUGCCAAUAGAUACAGAUGUUUGUCCAGAAGCAAGGAACUAUGGGAACCAUCGAGGAUGGCUUCAUUUUCCAAAUGGACAUAGUUUUUGUUUUUUAAGAAGAUAGGCACCAAAAUGUCCAUGGCAGAAGAGAACCAGAUAUUCCCAGAUUGGGACCUUGUUUGUGAUGUUCAUUAGCUAGCAAUAUUUUCUAUAGCCUUUUAAAUACAAUACUGUAUGUAAAAUGGUACUGAAGGAUAAAAUACAAAAUCCAUAGUAUGCACAGAUUGUUUGAAUCUAGAAUAUUGCCAUUUUGCUGAAGUCAAAUGACAAACCUCUCACUGAAACAAUACAUAACAUAAUAUAUAAGUGCUCAGUUUUAAUUCUAACAUGAAGAACAAUAAUACAGUUGCUGUUGGAUUGUGAGAUAUAUGUAAAAGUAAUGUUAGCAAUGCAAACAGCAUAAGUCUGGGUUUUUUAUAACUGGUGUUUUUUCAAUAUACAUUUGAUAUGUAAGAUUUUAAAAAUGGUUUCCUAGUUCAAGUGAGAACACACUACGAAUCAGCUUUUGUAAAAAUUUUGGUCAUGUGUAAAACCUCUGGCUGGGAGCCUUUGACACUGAAGAUACGCAGAGCAGCUGUGCUCAAUUUGCAAGACCACAACAGAGACAGAGUUCAAACUGUCCUUAUUAAUGAAAGGUCAUUCAAAGAGCUGAAUGUUCAAAAGUGUUCUAGGGCACUUGGUGUGAAAUCCAGGUACAGCAGGAACAAAACAUCAGACAUAACUUAUUCUUUUUGAACCUGGGCACUUCAGAAUACACUGAAUAGUGCAGAUAUCAGCAUAACCAUCAGCAAGUGGUGCUACACACCAUGUACAUUAGGAAUUAUUGAAUAUUUUCUAAUCAUUUUUCCAAAAAGAAAUCCAUAAUUGCUUCUCUGAAAAUUUCUCAUUUUUGAGACAGUCUGCAGGGUUGUGGAUUAUCUAAGCAUAGGUAUACAGUAUUUGUGCUGUAUGCAUUUUGAGGUUUUUAAUGCAUUCUGAACGCUAGUCAUCUUGGUUGUGAGCACAAUGGCUCGUCCUCUUUUUUUUAAAUCGUAGGACCUGUACAGGCAGUCAUUGAGGAAACGAAUUGGGCAAUCGCUGUUUUUAUUUUAAUCCAUCUACUGUAUUUUCUGAUCGUGCAUUCAAUACAGUGUCAUAAGGGAGCUGGAGCCUGUCCCAACAAGCAAUGGGUGCAAAGCAGUACACACCUUGGAUGAGACACCAGUCUAUCGCAGGGCACAUACAGACCCAGACACACACAACCGCACACACGCACAAGAGGGUCAAUUUUCCCAGAAGCCAAUUAGCCUACUAGUAUGUCUUUCGACUGUGGAAGGAAACGGGAGCACCUGGAGGA